UAGAGGAUGAAGAGUUUUGAAAAGCGAUUUGAAUCUCAUUCAGAAUGAUUUCCAAAAUAAAGAACUACUCCGUAUGAGUGGGGUUUUGUUGGAAGAAGGCAGUGGGGUUUUGGGGGGCUUUUGUGGAUAUGUAUCCGAUUAAGCGCCUCUUCUUCAAUUGUUUCUCAUCAGGAAUCUUGCAUAUAUUUUGUUCAUUGGAUUGAAGAACCCCCCAAAAGUUUAGUUUUUGUUUCGGCGUGUAGCAAUUAAAAUUAUCAGCGUCUUUUUCGAAAUGGCGCUUAAGGUCACUUCAAGAGACAUCCAGGAGAUCGUCUCCAAGCUGUCAUCUGAUAAAGCCAAGUCUCGAGAAGAAGGGGUGAAGUUGCUGAAUACAUGGCUGGAUGGUGAGAGGAAAGCGGCAUUCUGUACGUACAUUGCAGAGAAGACUGCAAUGCUUAAACCCUAUGACAUUCCUCACUCUGAAACAUGGCCUUUCCUUGUGGAAUUGCUAAUGAAUUGUGUAUUGCUGGAGAUAUCUGGAAGCAAGAAACGGCCACCAAAGUUGACAUUCGCAAAAACUCUUCGAGUUGUUGUGCAAAGGGCCGAGGACUCUCAAUAUUCAGGCAAGACUCAGCUUCUUCUCCAUGUGGUAAAGUUUCUCUUUAAACAUGUCUGUGAUGUUCUAAGGGAUGUUCCUAGUUUCCAAUCUGAGUAUAGCACUAUUCUGCGGGAUCUAUUAGCAGUGAGGCCUUAUGGACUACACAUGAGGAAGCAUACUUAUUAUGGUCUUAUGCUUUUCUACAUGGAAAGAGUGCAAACAAGCCUUAGUGCAAAAAAUGAUGGUCAGUUGAAUCCUAAAGAUGAGAUUUUUCGCUGUAUUCUGACACUUCAUUCUCUUCUUGAGAACCCCCCUGGAGAUUUUUCUAAUGAUCUUCGCGAGCAGAUUUUAGUGGGGUUUGCUAAGUUUUUUACUCAAAUAAGGGAUGAGGGAAAAGUUACACGGAAGCUGAUAGAGUGCAUUAACACAUAUUUGCUAAUUGAUGGUCCAAAUUUGGGCCUUAAGUACCUAGAAAUCCAUAAAGAUGUGCAGCAGUUAGUGUUCAGCUUUUGGAAAACAACACAUGAUCGGAGCCUGAAGGACUCAAUUGUGUUCUAUGCGAAGCUGCAAUUAAAUUUGACUAGAGGUGCUGCAGAUGAGGGUGCUUUGUUAGAAGAACUAUUGGAUAUUACGUACAAGGAAUUGAACCAAAUGAGUAUAUCGGGCAACAAUUUCCCUUGGAGAGAGACUCUCAAGGAUGAGAAAUACCAAUCCAUGACAAGGUCUCAGUGUAGCAUCAUGGAACUUGCCGCCCUAGUCUUUUGUCGGGCAUGUACAAAUACUUCAAAGGUACAAUUAGCUGAAAAACGAGCCAAAAGAGAACAUGUUGCUGUUCAGAUAAAAGAGGGUCUCAUUAAUGGCCAAUGGGCUUGGCAUGCUGCUCUUUGCUAUAUCAUACAUAAAUAUAGUACCUGCAUCAAUCAGGAUCUGUACAUCUAUUGGCUUGAGAGUAUCUGUGAAAAUUUUGAGAGGAUAGUCAAUGAAGCCAAUAUCACGCAUAUGUAUGAUGGUCUACUAUGGACUUUAAGGAGUCUUCGAGGACUUUCAUGCUUGCUGUUAUUCCUUGUUUCCGGCGGAGAGAAGGUAUCACAUCAAUCUAAUUUGAACAAGUACGACGAAAGAUGGCACACAGUAUGGAGUUGUCUAAUGCAUAGUUUGUCUACAUUCAGUGCUGUCACUGCACUUGUGGAUGCUGGAUUGCUACUACUUGGUAACAUAAUUCUCAUUGAUACAAUGAAUGAAUUCAUAGUGCCCCAAGAUUUAUGGGAUCUUAAAUUAUUUAAACGCUUGCCGUCAAUAUCCGCUUUAUACUUCAUUUCGUGUUAUUUUUCUCGGAGAGGAUCUCAAAGUGACCUUAAGGAUGUUUUCUAUCUCAGACAGACUCUUCUAAGAGCUGUUUUGGCAUUGCUCUACUCUAAGGAUUCUCUAAUGCUGAACGAACAGUUGGUUGCCAUGUUGCCUGCUGCUGUAUCUGCACUUUGUACAGGUUAUUCUGCUUUGACAGGAAAUGGUUGUUUUUCUCCAUUACAUUAUGUUCCUGAUGCUGCGGAUGAUAUGAAAAAGGUUCAAGAACAUGAGGAUGGCAGUCCACAUGAGUUUUUUGAAUUCUCUGUUGAAGUCCUUGCAAAGAUUGGUGAGGAAUCUGCUUUCAAGGACUUUCAAUACCCCUGCUACCCAAGUAUACGCCUUCCACGACAAGUUAGAGAUCCACUCUGUCAUGAAAUGCAAAACCAUAUUUUGGAAGCUAUCAAGAAAAUUGAGAUGGAAGGGAUGCCUUUAUCAGAUGUCAUCUUAUUUUGUUCUCUUCUAUCUAAUUUCAUGUACAACUCAUAUAUUACAGGGUUUAGAGAAAAUGUCACAUUCUUCUCCAAUCUAAGCACAUACUUGUUGAAUUUUUUGGAUCAUGCUAUUUUUAUCAUGGAGAAAACAUAUGAUGACAUUAUUUGUUUUGGUUUGGGAUCAAACACCUUUUUCAAUAGCACACAAACCAUUAUAGCAUCAUUGAGUUGUUUUUUUCACUCUCCACUGUUCGGUGAGCAAGAUGACAUCAAUGGCUUCAAUGUUAUACAAACUUUGAUCUUUCAAUCUGUUGAGAGACUUCUGAAGACUGUGGUUAAACUAUAUGAUGGAUGUUCGAAAAGAGAAAGGAACUUUUCUCCUGACACAGAUAGUCCUGGUGUUACUGCCUCUGGUUCUCAAUAUGUUUCUUACCCAAUGAGUAGUCGGAAAAGUUCAAUCAUUGACUUGGAGUUGGAUAUGGAUACCGGUUCUAAGGAUGCAGAUACUGCACCUGUUGAUGCAAAAGCUUCUACUGGAAUGGUUGUUUCAUCAGAAUAUCGGAGGAUUGAGAUCAUAUCAAUUCUUUCAAAGUUUUUCUUGAUUUUACCUGUUCCUACGUGGGAUAUCAUAUAUAAUCUAUUGCAGAAAGAAAGUGAUCUAAAGGUUCAGGAGAAGAUUAUCCACAGUCUCUGUGUGCAUGCUCAUUGGUCUUCACCCAGGAUGUUUUUAGAUUUGGUUUCAUCAAUAAAUGUUGUUGUAGACAUACAAGCAGAUCUUAAACUGCCAAGCUUAAAUAUACUAGCUUCCACCUGCACCUUGUUACAGAGUCUGUUAUCUUUGGACACUGUUGCAAAAGAUAACAAAGAUGCUUCAAGGUUAAGGAUGAAGUUAUCAGAACAGGGCAUCAUCUCUCUUCAAGAACUGAUUAGCAAAGUGACGGAAAACAAUGCCUUCAACUGGAGUGGCCGUACUAAGCAAAUUGACUGCAUUUGCAAUUUGAUAUUGUUAGAUCCUCAAGUUGGUCAGUCUUUGAUUGAGAAGCUGAUGCUAAUGCUUCAAGAUAUUGAUUAUCGUGUUCGGUUCUUCCUUGCCCAACGAGUUGGCAUCCUUUUCCAAAUGUGGGAUGGCCAUUUUGAGCUUUUCCAGGACAUUUGUUCAAACAUUGGCUUGAAGUUUGUCAUGUGCACCAGAGAAAGACUAGUGACUGCCAGUGAGGUCUUAGCUGAAGGUACUCAGCCUUGCCAAAUCCUAGAAACAACAAUUAUUACUCUGAUGCAUCUUGCUCUGUGGAGUGAGACAAUAGAGCUGGCGGCUGUUUUUGCGAUAUGUGCGAUUGCUGCCACAAACCCUUCUCAACGGGAACUUGUCAGUUGUGUGCUGGAUAAUUUGUCGAAGCAGUUACGAUAUACUUCCAGGGUAAAGUAUUUGGAUCAACUAAUGGGGCCAAUUCUCUUCUGCUGGGUUGCUUGUGGUGUAAGCUUAGCUGCACUUUUAGAGGCAAGGGAUCUCUUUGUUUUGGACUCAGAGCCCACCACUUUCAUUCAUUAUUGCUGCAACUGGCUUCUUCCAGCUUUGAUUUUACAUGGGGAUGUGUGCAACUUGAAUUGGAUUGCACAGAUCAUUAACCUCCCACAAUUUUCCAUAGUUAGGAAUCAUUUUGUGCAAAUCUUCUCUGUUUGUAUGGCAUUACACUGCAGUAAGAACGCUGGGAGGGAGAAGGGAACAGCAGUUCUGGAGAGCUCAAUAUUGAAAAUGGGUGAAAUGUCUGAGAAUGAAAGGGAUAAACUCAUAAAGAAACAAAUGGUUGCCAUUGUCAACACUAUAUUUUCGCUUUCUUCUUGUGCUUCAGAUCCUGUGCUUCCUUUCUUUUCCAAAGAUACAAUUGCUAGAGCUAUAGUGACUGUUGUUGAUGGAUUCUUGGAGAUGAAUGAUCCUUCUGGAAGCUUGGGCGUCAUUGACAAGAUCAACAUUUUCCGACCUGAUCGUGUUUUCAUGUUUAUAGUUGAGAUGCACUACAAAAUUGCCACAGCAGCUCAUUACCGGCAUAAGUGUAACUGGCUUGCUGGGAUAGAGGUGCUCAUUGAUGUUUUAGAGCAUAGAGUUGCUAUUUCAAGUACCUUGAGUUACCUUCUCAACUUGGUUGACCUUUGCAUUGGGCCUGAUGCAUAUUUGGAUCAGUGCUGUAGUAUAAUAUUUUCAUUGCUCCAAAUUUUCAAAGUAAAUCCAUCGGAAGGGGCCAUUGGUGCUCUCGGUGAACAUCUUCAGAUGUUGGUAUCUAAGUUAGUCAAGUGUUGCAUUUCAUCUGAUUUUGGUGGUAAACACACUUUUGAUUCAACAUCCAAAGUUCUUCCAUUGCUCGAUCAGCUAACCUUGGAUGCUCAUCCAUCUCUCUAUGAUUACAUCAAAGAGCUUGAACCAUUUCCACGUCUGGAGAUGUUUGAAGGGAUACGGAGAUUCCAUGAGAAACUAUGUGGUGAUUACUCACCUAGGGAACACUUACUAAAUUUGGCAAAGAGAUCUCAUUGGCUUCCUGCAAGGUUUCUUUUAAUGAGUCUUAAAGCAUUGCACGCGAAAUUGUUUGCGAGUGACACUCUUGAAGGGCUGAACAAUGAUAAGAAUAUAUUUGAAGAUUGUGGUUUGCAUCCAAACAAUGAAAUUGUCUGUGCAGUUUGGGAUCUGUUUCAGACGUGCAGUUCGGAUGAUACAAACAAUUUUAGUGCAUUCGUGUCUGACUUUUUGUCCAGGGUUGGUAUUGGUGAUCCACAUAGCGUUGUGUUCCAUCUUCCAGGAGAAUCUAGGCGCAUUCAUUUCUAUGGAAAUAAUAAUGUCGACGGUCCAACUAAAGACAAGUUUUAUUUGGACAGAGGCAUAUCUGAAGCGUUUGUAAUUGCAGUUUUGAAACAUCUCAAGAAAUAUCUUAUGGAUGAAUCUGUCAACAUAAUUGAUAUCGCCUCUCAAGCUCUACAGGGGAUACUUUCAACAGAAAAUGGUCAGAAAUGUUUAUUGUCUUUUGGUUCCUAUCAUAGGUCUCUUAUGGAGAUUCACUCAAAAGGUAUCAAUUUUGACCUGGUUCAGAAACUCCUGGAUGAUCUACAGAGAAAGCAUAAUGCUGAAGCAAUUCCACUAGAAAGUUCUACAUUAUGGAAGACUGAUGGGAAAACUUUUGAGAUGUGGAUAUGCCCACUUGUGCAUGCCUUAAUUGGGUAUUGCAAUGAUACUAUCAUAAGAUUAUGUCAAGAAAUUGUGUUGGUGAAAUCUGAAGUUGCAGAACUUCUUUUUCCUGAAGUGAUUUCUAACAUUUCAAGGAGGAAAGAUGUGGUUGUUGAUCUUUGUCAGCUAAUAUCUACAAAGGUGCAGGAAAAUAUUUUUAAAAAGAGCAACAAGCUAGCUAAAUCGGUUCAGGUUGUACUGGAUGCGCUUAAUGUGCUUCGAUUGUACCAUGUAACAGAAAGAGCGUUUUCGCGUUCUACUUCACAUACAGGGGAAGGAAUUAAGUUUCUGCAGUGUCCCAGGCCUUCAAGUUAUGGAUCAAGAUCCCGCUCCACAGUAGUUAAAGCAAAGGAUGAGAGGACUUCAUCUAGCUCUGUACUCUCCGCAUUAUGUUGGCAUAAGGUGUAUUGGCUUCCCAUAGACUAUCUGGUCACGGCCAAGUUUGCAAUGACUUCUGGUGCUUACUUUACUGCGCUUCUGUAUGUGGAGUACUGGUGUGAGGAAAGAUUUAGCUGCCUUACUCUGGGAGAUCCCGACUUCUUUCAUCUUGAAAAUCUUCCAGAACACAUUGACAUUCUAGUCUCUGCAGUUACCCAAAUAAAUGAGCCUGACAGUCUCUAUGGGAUCAUCCAAUUUAAUAAGUUGUCCUCUCAAAUACUUACAUGUGAGCAUGAAGGGAAUUGGAGCAAGGCCCUUGAGUACUAUGACUUACAAAUUAGAUCUCAACUAGCAGAGCCGAUGGUGGAGAGUAUUUAUGCCAAAAAGUCUCAAGCAGCAGUUAACAUGUAUUCCAGAUCUGAUGAGUUAAUGCACGGAAAACCCCUUAAAGGGUUAAUUCGAUCGUUGCAGCAAAUUGGUUGCACUCAUCUCUUGGAUGUGUGUUGCCAGUGGUUGACUUCUCAAAAAGCCCAGUUUGAUCUUGAUCCAGAAUUUAUUGAAUUGCAGUACGAAGCAGCUUGGCGUGCAGGAAAUUGGGAUUUCUCUGUACUCUAUGGGGGAUCCGAUGCUUUACUUUCAGUUCAUGACACUGACAUCAAGGGUGACCAUUUCAAUGAAAACUUGUACAGCUGUUUGCGGGCGUUACAAGAAGGGGAUUUGGGUGAAUUUCACAGUAGACUGAGAGACUCAAAGCAGGUGCUUUUGCUCUCUAUUUUUCAUGCAAGUGAGGAGAGCACAAAGUACAUUUAUCUAACAAUUGUUAAACUCCAGAUAUUUUAUCAUCUUGGGAUGGCAUGGGAUCUGCGUUGGCCUUCAUCAAAUAAAUACAUGGAUUCUUUUUCAGGGAUAAAGACCUUGUUAUCAGAACCUGUAGUCCCAUCAAGUGUCCAGUCAUCAUCUCUAAUUAUGGACUCUAAUCACACUAUAAAACAAUCACAAUUACACAUGGAUUUGUUGGAACCAUUUAUAGCAUUUAGAAGAGUUUUACUUCAGAUUUUAAAUUGCAAGGACUGCACUGUACAACAUCUAUUGGAAUCUGCAUCUACUCUUCGAAAGGGUGCUAGAUUUUCUCAAGCUACUUCGCUCUUGCAUGAAUUUAAGAGGGGUUGUGCUGAAAUGGGAGAAGAGCACUCUAAACUUUACUGGCUUGGACGGAUUGAGGAGGCUAAGCUUCUGCGUGCUCAGGGUCAGCAUCAAGCAGCCAUCAGCCUUGCAACUUAUAUAUCUCUGGCCUACAAGUCCAAUGUGGAUGCAUCUGAUGUCUUCCGUUUAAUCGGAAAGUGGCUAGCAGAAACCCGUUCAAGCAACUCAAGGACUAUAUUGGAGAAAUACCUUAAACAUGCUGUUAAUCUUGCCGAGGAUUGCAUGGCAAAAGAUAAGGAGUGCACUGCAAAAAGGAGCCAAAUGCAUUUCCAUCUUGCACAUUAUGCAGAUGGUCUGUUUCGCAGUUAUGAAGAGAGGCUGAAUUCCAGCGAAUGGCAAGCAGCAUUGCGUCUAAGAAAACACAAGAAAAAUGAGCUAGAAGCACUGAACAGGCGACAGGAAACAUCAUCAAAGGGUGAAAAGGCAGACUAUUCACUUAAGAUACGAGAGUUAAAAAUGCAAGUUGCAAUGGACAACGAAGAAGCUGCAAAGCUUCAGGAUGACAAGGACAACUUCUUGAACACAGCAUUGGAUGAAUAUAAACGGUGUUUAGUCAUUGGAGAUAAGUAUGAUGUUAGGGUGGUUUUUCGUCUUGUUUCGUUGUGGUUUGGUUUGUCAGCUAGAUCAAUUGCUGUUGAGAACAUGCUUAGCACCAUUAAAGAGGUUCAGUCUUAUAAAUUUCUACCAUUGGUUUACCAAAUUGCUUCAAGGAUGGGCAAUGUAAAAGAUGGUCAGGGACCACAAAGCUUUCAGUUUGCAUUGGUUUCUCUAGUGAAGAAAUUGGCUAUUGACCAUCCAUAUCAUACAUUAUUCCAGCUGCUAGCUUUAUCGAAUGGUGACCGCAUCAAAGAUAAGCAACAUAGGAAAAGUUCUUUUGUGGUUGAUAUGGACAAAAAGGUUGCAGCCGAGAAUAUCUUGAAGGAGUUAUCUUCUUCUUACCAUGGAGCAGCCCUUAGGCAGAUGAAGCAAAUGGUUGAGAUUUACAUUAAACUCGCUGAAAUGGAGACAAAAAGAGAGGAUACUAGCAAAAAGGUUCUUCUACCUAGAGAUAUCCGUUGUGUCCGAGAGCUUGAACUUGUUCCUGUAAUAACAGCCAAUGUUCCUAUAGACCAUAGUUGUCUAUACAAUGAAUUGUCAUUUCCUCAUUUCAAAGGGUUGGCAGAUUCAGUCACCAUUAUGAAUGGUGUAAAUGCUCCUAAAGUAGUUGAAUGCUUUGGCUCUGAUGGUAACAAGUACAGGCAACUAGCUAAAUCUGGCAAUGAUGACUUGAGGCAGGAUGCUGUAAUGGAACAGUUUUUUGGUUUAGUUAAUACUUUCUUGGAGAACCAUCGAGACACCUGGAAAAGGAGAUUGAGAAUUCACACAUACAAGGUAGUUCCUUUUACUCCAAGUGCCGGUGUUCUGGAAUGGGUAAAUGGCACAGUCCCGCUUGGUGAAUACCUCAUAGAGAGCACAAGAGAUGGAGGUGCCCAUAAACGCUAUGGAGUGGGAGACUGGACAUUUCUUAAAUGUCGAGAUUACAUGGCUAAAAUGCCCGACAAGCGGCAGGCUUUCCAAGAAGUCUGUGACAAUUAUAGGCCUGUCAUGCAUCAUUUUUUCUUGGAGAGAUUUCUACAUCCAGCUGACUGGUUCGAAAAGAGGUUGUCUUAUACAAGAAGUGUGGCUGCUAGUUCAAUGGUGGGUUACAUUGUUGGACUCGGAGAUCGGCAUUUAAUGAACAUUCUCAUUCACCAAACUACUGCAGAAGUUGUUCACAUAGAUCUUGGUGUUGCAUUUGAGCAAGGCCUCAUGCUUAAAACACCAGAGAGGGUUCCCUUCAGGCUGACUAGGGACAUAAUAGAUGGUAUGGGCAUCACGGGGGUGGAAGGGGUCUUCAGAAGAUGUUGUGAGGAAACUCUUUCAGUAAUGCGCACAAACAAAGAAGCACUGCUCACAAUUGUUGAGGUCUUCAUCCACGAUCCUUUGUAUAAAUGGGCUUUGUCCCCGCUAAAGGCCUUGCAACGUCAGAAGGAUAUUAAUGAAGAUCUAGAGACUAGCCUGGAGAGCUCACAAGAAGAUGAAUGUGAAGGAAAUAAAGAUGCUGCAAGGGCAUUGAUGCGUGUUAAACAGAAAUUAGAUGGAUAUGAGGAUGGUGAAUUAAGAAGUGUACACGGCCAGGUACAACAACUUAUACAAGAUGCAACAGAUCCAGAUCGUUUGAGUCACAUGUUUCCUGGAUGGGGGGCGUGGUUGUGAGCAACAGUUGGAAGCGCUAAUUUAAUCGGCUCCUAUAUCAUACAUCCGGUUGUAUGUACACCCGGCCCAACUAAGGAAGACAGCCCAAUAACUAAUACAUGCCAAAAAAAAUCAGUGGCAUUUUCGUAAUUUAAGCAAAAAAUCACGGCUUUCGCUAAAUGAGCAAUAGUGUACUUUUAGUUAGCAUCUGAUCUAUUUUAUUGAGUAUUAGAAGGGUAACAAUGAGUAUCACUAUCUUUGCUUCAAAUCUUCUAAUUCUUUUUCUUUUUCUUAUUUUUUCUUUUAUAAAAACUUAUUACUACCUCCGUUC